CCUAAAGGCCCAUCUCGCGUUAUAACUAAAUAGCCCAAAAUGUCGUAAACCCUAGAGGGUAAAAUAGGAAACGUAAAAAUCCUUAUCGUCUUUAUAAACUCAGUGAUAUCUUAAGAAACCCUAGCCGCAAAGAGAGAAAGGGAGGGAGGAGAGUGUAGCAGAUCGGCGAAAAUGACAACCAGAUUCAAGAAGAACAGGAAGAAGAGAGGUCACGUCAGCGCCGGACAUGGGCGUAUCGGUAAGCACCGUAAGCAUCCCGGAGGUCGUGGUAACGCUGGAGGUAUGCAUCACCACAGGAUCCUCUUCGACAAGUACCAUCCAGGUUACUUCGGUAAAGUUGGUAUGAGGUAUUUCCACAAGCUGAGGAACAAGUUCUUCUGCCCAAUCGUUAACCUCGACAAGCUUUGGUCACUCGUCCCUGAAGAUGUGAAGGCGAAAUCAACCAAGGACAAUGUUCCGUUGAUCGAUGUGACUCAACAUGGUUUCUUCAAGGUUUUGGGUAAAGGUCAUUUGCCUGAGAACAAGCCGUUCGUUGUGAAGGCGAAGCUUAUUUCGAAGACUGCUGAGAAGAAGAUUAAGGAAGCUGGUGGUGCUGUUGUGCUUACUGCUUAAGUUAGGUGAAUUUAUUUGCUUAACUCUGUUUUUGAAUCUUCUAUGGAGUUUUAUCAUCUUUUGUUGUCUUUUGGAUUUUGGAAAGAGCGAGAUCUCUUUAAAGUUAGUAGUUUUAUGAACCUUUUGUUGGAUUUUGAUAAAUGUUUGGUAUUCCGAAUUCAGACUUAUAAUUGCGUAUGCUGGUUUAAUUGUCUGUCAUGAUUCAUUCGUUACGAUCCUUUUAACUCGUUGUGAUUGUUUCUACCAUACAUAUGCAUUGUUCUUGUUGAAUUUUUAAUUGGAUGUUCGAUUGUCAUCAAAGUGAGAAGGUGUUGUUGCAUUUGAUUAGUUAUAUGUAACGUUGAAAC